AUGUCACAGUUCUUCGAAGCUGCUACUCCCGUUGCAAUUCCUACAAACAGUACCAACGGCGGCACCAGUGAUGCCGGCAGCGCCGCCACUGGCGGCGCCCCUGUCGUUGGCGCCACCGCUCAACCCACCAUCAAUCACAGGCUUUUGCUGUCAUUGAAAGAGGCUGCCAAGAUCAUUGGCACUAAGGGCUCUACGAUCUCUCGCAUAAGAGCUGCUAACUCUGUCAAGAUCGGUAUUUCUGAAAAGGUGCCCGGUUGCUCUGACAGGAUCCUGUCCUGUGCGGGCAACGUAAUUAAUGUGGCCAAUGCAAUUGGUGAUAUUGUUGACGUGCUUAACAAGCGGAAUCCCGAGAAUGAGGACGCUGCUGAGGGCGAGGCCGAGGAGCAUUAUUACUUCCACUUUUUGAACCAUAUUUUGCCAGCCCCCUCGAAGGAUGAGAUUAGAGACCUGCAGCAGCUGGAAAACAUUGGUUACGUGAGGCUCAUUGUGGCCAAUUCUCACAUUUCGUCCAUCAUCGGUAAAGCGGGUGCCACCAUCAAGUCUCUGAUCAAUAAACACGGCGUCAAGAUUGUGGCUUCCAAGGACUUUUUACCUGCCAGCGAUGAAAGAAUUAUCGAGAUCCAGGGUUUCCCGGGCUCCAUCACCAAUGUACUCAUCGAAAUCAGCGAGAUUAUUUUGAGCGACGUUGAUGUCAGAUUCAGCACAGAAAGGUCUUAUUUCCCUCAUUUAAAAAAGUCAUCCGGUGAACCUGCUUCUCCUUCUACCUCCUCCAACACUAGAAUCGAAUUGAAGAUCCCAGAACUAUACGUGGGUGCCAUUAUUGGCCGUGGAAUGAACAGAAUCAAGAACUUGAAGACUUUCACAAAAACCAAUAUUGUCGUGGAAAGGAAGGAUGACGAUGAUAAGGACGAGAAUUUCAGAAAAUUUAUAAUCACAAGUAAAUUUCCUAAGAAUGUCAAACUCGCCGAAUCCAUGCUUUUAAAAAACUUGAAUACCGAAAUUGAGAAACGUGAAAACUACAAGAGAAAAUUGGAAGCCUCAGAAGGAAAUGCCACUGCUGUUAAUGAACGCUCUGAUUCUGCUUCUUCCUUGGAAGAAAAAGAAGAAGCACAAGAAGAACGUGACAAUAAAGAGGAACAGUCGUAG